AUGUCUCGCUCAAAGCACGUCGAGUGGGAUGAGCAGAACCUGGAGGAGAAUGCCGAGUACCAGCGCCAGCACCCCGUGACAAUGCACAUCACGGAGCCCAAGACGCCGUUCUCGUACGCUGAUGGCGAUGACUUGGAGGCCGAGGAAGAGGCCUUGCUCAAAUGGGACCCUGCUGUGAACGCCAAGGUAAAGGAGAUCAAGGAGCAGGUGACUGGAGACUUUUCUGAUCGACCAAUAGCUCCGACGACGAAGGCUGGGCGGCCAAUGCUGGCGGAGGGCACUGUAACCGGCGAACUAGCUAAACAGCAACAUCAAAAGGAAUUUCGCAAGAUGCGCAAGGCCGUGUACGCGGAUGAAGGGGCCAUGUUCAAGAAGGCCCUGACUCAGAAUGGUAAGGACGAGGAUGACGAGUAG